AUGAUGGCACCUGAAAUUCUAGCACUCUGCAUCGAAAAUGACUUCCCCAUCUUGGACGCAUUCUCUCCAUUGGAGACAUAUACAAGCUGGAUCAUUCUCAAAGUUGAUUCCGAAAAGCUCAAAUCACUGGGAACUACAUCGAAGGAGCUAUUUGCAAAGAUCGAAAAAGUCGUAUUCAAUGACAAAAGAUCCUUUCUUGCAUCUCGCCUAGUCCUGAUAGGAGGUGAUAUGGGCAUUUGCCACUCAUUUUUCUGGCCUUCCGCUAGUUCCAUUCAUGUCCAAUACGCCCCGACCUUGCCGUUGAAAGAAAAAGGUCGAAACUGGGAGAUUGUUGAAUUCAACAGCGCAUACCCAGAAGAUAUACAGAGGAAGAUCAUAAUGCGAUGCGAGGAAAUGGGACUGAGUUCAAUGACCGUGAAAUAA